AUGGGCGUAGAAUUGAAAAAAUAUGAGGACAUUCUGAGAUGGGUUAAUGCUGAAGAGAAAACAUUGAGAUAUAGAAGAAGGGUGGGGGUAUUCAAGGGAAGUGAUGCUCUCGUCCUUCUAACUAAGAAGGGCUUGGAUUCCUCACAAGCAAGGUCUGUCAUGCAAGAGCUUUUGAACGAAAGCAUUCUGUUCAAAGUAUCUAUUAACAAGAGAAACAUAAGGGAGUGUGAUGUGGUGCUUGACCAAAGAUUCCAAGAGGAUCAUCACUAUGUCUUUGCAAAUGAAAAAACAUCCAACAUCUCUCUUGUUCUUUGUGGAGUGUUUGUUUUGGUUACAUUCACAAUUGUUCUCUUCCGAAUGUGGCCAAGAAAUAUCCAGCAGCGAUUGUUCUCGUAUAUGGUCUAUCCUCUUGGUGGAUUCAUCACAUUCAUAAUUGUUCUUGCAAUAAUAAGAUUGAUAUUGUUUUCAAUAACAUAUAUACUGUAUUCGCCCGGGAUUUGGUUGUUUCCCAACCUGUUUGAAGAUGUAGGGUUCUUUGAAAGCUUUGUUCCUUUGUGGGAGUACCAUGGAAGUAAGAAGGUAAAGAAUGGAAAAUAA